AUGGAUUCCGCGAUGGAUACGGCGUCCACGGCCAGUGAUCACAGCAUCGCCUCGUCGAACGAUUCCCGUGGUCAGAACAUUUCACCCUCGAUCUCGCACACCCACAACGGUGGCAGUGGCCACCACACCCACCAUCACCCGCAUCCGCACCAUCCGCACUCUCACCCGCACCCGCUGGACAAGACGCGGACCCCGACGCCCGUCAGCCCGGUGCUCAACAGCCACAACAACAGCAACGGCGGCGGCGGGGGAGGCGGUGCCGGAGGCGGCGGGGGCCCUGGGCCGCUGAGUAACCAUCACGGAUCGGGGCGGCAGCUUUCGGCCAGUCCGCUGAGUGCCGGGGCCCAGGCCCAGAUGAUGGGUCACCUGGCGCACCCGCUCAGCCCGCCGCACGUCUCCACGCCGAGCAGCAUGGCCGGCAUGGUCGGGAUGCCACCGCGGAUGGCCCAAAGCCUGUCGCACCUGCCCCCGCACGGACUGGGCCUGCUGAACUCCUUCAUGCACCAUGCCAGCCCGCUCGAUCUUAUGGCCGCAGCGCACCACCACGUGCCACCCCGGUCGUACAACAGCCCGCCGCCCAUUUCCAGUUCGGACCCCACGGCCAACGAGUGCAAGCUGGUGGACUAUCGCGGCCAGAAGGUGGCCGCCUUCAUGAUCCAGGGUGAGACGAUGCUGUGCCUGCCGCAGGCGUUUGAGCUCUUCCUGAAGCAUCUCGUCGGCGGCCUGCACACGGUCUACACCAAGCUGAAGCGCCUGGACAUCGUGCCCCUCGUGUGCAACGUCGAGCAGGUGCGCAUCCUGCGUGGGCUUGGCGCCAUCCAGCCCGGCGUAAAUCGCUGCAAGCUGUUGUCCUGCAAGGACUUCGACGUGCUCUACCGAGACUGCACGACGGCCAGAUGCUUGUCCAUAAAGCCACCUGAGAGUCUUAACUCCAGUAACUCUCUGCUAUCGCACAGUUCCAGGCCCGGCAGACCGCCGAAGCGAGGCCCAGUAGGACUCUCGAUGCCGACGUCGCACAUGCAGCACCAUGCGCAACUGAAGAAGCACCGCCUGGACAACGGGGAGUUCGUGUACGAGAACGGACACCUUAACGAUCUGCCGCGAUUGGACAAAUCGCCGUUGCUGGCAAACGGCUACAAUGCGCCACCGACGCACCUGAACCACAUACCCUUCAUGCAGAUGAACCCGCAUCAGGCGGCCGGUGGCCAUCCGCUGAUCAGUCCCGGCGUCAACCCGCACGGCAUCCCGCGGCCCGACGGCUCCAUCAUCAAGGGCCAGAACAUCCCGGGCAUGGAGGCGAUCGCAAGGUCGCACCACUCCGCCGGGCUUUGGGAAAAUUGCAGAGCUGCCUACGAGGACAUCGUGAAGCACCUUGAAAGACUGCGCGAGGAGCGGGGCGAUGACAGGACACCAAACGUUGACCACAAACCGCGUGAUCUGAGUUCGCAGGGCAGCGGUCCCAUUCUCGCCGAAUCGCCGAAUGGCCAGAGUCCGGCGCUGAACCUGUCGAAGUCCGGAGUUGGCGAGCACUCGGGAGGCGGUGGCGCUAGCGGUGGAAGCGGCGGGGCCGGAGGUGGAAGCCGCGCCCUCAGCGAACGGAGUAACCCGAACUCGCCGGAACCGUCCGUGCACGAGGAGGACGAAAACAUGAGCGAAGCCAACAUAUCCGACACGGAAGAACCGAUCGAGAAGGACGAAGACAUCAGCGAUUGCGAACGAGACAUGCAUUCGCCGGUGCCGGCAACCGUUCCGAUUCCGGUUCCGCAGGAUAUCGAGGCGCACCGGCAGCAGGCACUCAACUACUCCAGCCUGGCAGCGUCGGUCGCUGUGGGCGCAGCCGUGGCAACUGGCCAGGAUCCGUCCAUCUCCUCUACCGAGACGCUACUGCGCAACAUCCAGGGUCUGCUGAAGGUGGCCGCGGAUAAUGCCCGGCAGCAGGAGCGCCAGACAUCCUACGAGAAAGCCGAACUGAAGAUGGACUUGAUUCGGGAGCGGGAGGUGAAGGAUUCCUUCGAGCGUCAGUUGGCCGAUGAAAAGCGACUCCGAGCUUUGUACCAGAAACGGUUCAAGAAGGAGCGGCGAUUACGGAUGCAGAUACAGGAGCGCCUGGACGGGGAGCGCAAGCGGCGUGUGCAGCUAGAGGACAUCAUCAAGGCAUCCGGAGCACCGGCCGAAGCACUGCGAAUCAUUGCAGAAAACAUCACCAGCGAGCAGCAGCAGCGCGAGAAGGAGCGCGAGCGGGAGUCUGAGCGGGAGAAGGAGCGGGACAAGGAGCGGGAGCGCGACCGGGAACGACGAGAGCAACGUGAUAAAGGACAGGAACGUGAGCGAGAGCACCAUCAUCCGCAGGCAUCCGGUGGUGCGUCGGCGUUGGACCGCAACCGGGAGUCACGGGGUGGCGGCUCCGAAGAGGCAAGGCAUCGCGGGGAGCUCGGGGAGCGGGAACGAAGAGCCUCCUCGUCCGAGCGCUACUCGAAGGAGGGCAGCCCGGCACCGAUCCUGUCGUCCUCGUCACGUCCGAGCCAGGAAGUGUCACCUUCGCAGCCGCAAAUUAGUGAAGGCAAGUCCUGGAACUAUCCCGGGCUCGACAUCAUGGCCACCGGAGCCUUCUGGCAGAAUUAUUCCGAAUCACUCGCCCAAGAGCUUGAACUGGAGCGGAAGGCGCGCCAGCAGGCUGUGGAGGGUGACGUUAAGGGACCGCUGCAGGAUCGCUCGAAUUACUACAAAAAUUCCGUACUGUACACUAGUGCCACUUAGUUCAAAUUAACGCUAAUCUGUACAACCACAUUUUCAACACCACUAUCGUACUGGUAUCACGUAACACAUGUGCAAUUACACUGAGAAAAAAGAGAUCGGUCUGCAUGGGACGGCUGAAGGAAUGGACUUCUACCGGGUUAGACGAAGGAUGUGAAAAUGUAGUGAUUAUUGAAGCAUGUAAUGGAAGAGUAUUAAUAAUGCAGUAUUGAUUGACAAUGGUAAUAAACAAAAUCGGUCAAACAAAAUUCAUUCUUUUACAUAGGAAGUCAUUUGUAAGCUUUUACUUGUGUGACACACUAAGAAUGUUCAAUAAAUGUAGGAAGAGGUGAUGGCAGCAAGUCAGAGCCACUUUGGAGGAUAUAUUUAGAAAUGUAGAUGUGAGAGGCAUUGCUGAAACCAGUCAGAUCUCAUCGGUGUACAUGAUUCGAUUUGAUUUUGAUCAGCUGUCCAGGACGAUCGACGGGAUCGCACGAUUACUUCGAACAGUCGCAAUAUUUAGCCAUACGACGAACAAUUUUGUUGAAUCGUCACCCAAAUUUAUCAACAUCAUACACACAUACACACCAUAUAAACCAUCUCAAAGGACUUGUAUAAACGACUUUCCCCAUUUGUAGGGAGUAGAGGACGGCCAACGAUACUUGGUGUUGCUGUAGCAAGAAGCUUCUGACACACAGGCACAUUCUGGUAUAUAGUAAUGGGAGUAGUGAACUUAUGAAUAACUAUUGGCAUCGCAUAGUAUUUAGAUCUGUAAAAAAAAUUAACUGCGUGCGGUAGGCAAAACUGUGCAUGAAGCCCGACUAUCAUCGAUAGGUAACCGAUAACAGUAGGUGAAAUUUGAAUUACAAAGAAAAAAAAUCGUUCGAGACAGGAAAACAUUUUAUAAACAAAUUUCGUAACUUUUUAUGUUUCGAUGCAGAUGUUGUCGAAAGCGUCAAGGAUACGGCAAAGGGUGUGGAUUAUAUCCCAAAAUUAAUAGUGUACAUAACGAAGUAAUAAGGAUAAUAUUAUCCGUGGUUUUAGUUUGCAUUUACAACAUGAAUAGGUGUAUGUAUGAAAAUGGACUUACAUUUAGUCGUGCUAUUAUUUAUUUCUAUAUUUUAUUUAUGGGUUUUAGACGAUCGGUUGCCCUAAGUGGAACACUGUUUGAUUAUUCGCAACGAAUGAUUUUGCUUCUAAAUUAUGCAAGCUUAUUGUUAUGCAUUAGGUUUAAAUAAUUGUAUUUUAAUACACAAUAUGAAAUGUGCUAUGUGCUACAAAUCACAAAAUAAAACUGUAUUCAUUA